AUGUUAUGUGCGUCUUUUCAUUUCUGCGGCCUGCAUCAUGCACAUGAAACACUCGGCGCUGUCUUUCCUCAUAACAAGGUAGGAAGAAGAACAGAAGAGAUGGGAAUUUGUGCAAAGAGAAACGCCACGGCACCGAUUGACAAAAAGGGCGAAAGGCAGAACGGUGUGAGUGGCUUUUGUGAAUUUGAGGAAGAAGAAAUUGAGAAAAUUAAAGACUUAGGCCUUCAACAGCGCCGUUCUAAGUUGAUCGUUGAAGAAGAAAGACCACCACAAAUAGCUCAUCAAAUGUCAUCAUUUCAAAUGGCUUUUUGCUUUCGAGAAUUUUAUGACAUAGUCUUGAGACAAACUGCUUUUUAA